CGUUUUAAAACCACGUGACCUGUGUUUACAUCCUCUUCUCAGCUGUUUCUUUCUUCUUCCACUUCGACACAACUGCUCGCUGUUGCUACUUUAUCUCUCCAACCAACCAGCUGGUUAGUUAGCGCAGUAAACUAGUACUUAACCAAUUGAAGAAGCUGCUGGUGUGUGAAAGUAGCUGUCACUGACCGUCGCACUGAACAGCACUUUACGAGGAAUGAGUAAAUGCGACACGGCAUUGUCACUUGCUGCCUGGACAUGAACUCUGUCUGAACUGACACUCGAGGAGCCACAGCGGCAGCACAGCCGUUCAUCUCCAUGCACCUCUGAGGACGAAACAGUCAUCCUGAAUACGAGUUCGCCCCUUAGGGUUCCUCUGCUCUUUUCGCCAUGGGGGGAGCUGUGAGCGCCGGAGAGGACAAUGAUGACCUAAUUGAUAACCUGAAGGAGGCUCAGUAUAUCCGCACAGAAAAAGUCGAGCAGGCUUUUCGGGCCAUAGACCGCGGUGACUACUAUUUGGACGGCUAUCGGGACAAUGCCUACAAAGAUUUGGCCUGGAAGCAUGGCAACAUACACCUGUCUGCUCCGUGUAUAUACUCCGAGGUGAUGGAGGCACUGAAACUGCAGCCGGGACUUUCUUUCCUCAAUCUGGGCAGUGGAACCGGCUACCUGAGCACAAUGGUUGGCCUCAUCAUAGGGCCAUUUGGUGUAAACCAUGGAGUUGAGCUCCACAAAGAUGUCGUUGAAUAUGCCAGAGAGAAACUGGAUGACUUCAUAAAGAAUAGCGACAGCUUUGAUAAGUUUGAGUUCUGUGAACCUGUCUUUGUGGUGGGGAAUUGCCUUGAAAUCUCCACAGACAGCCACCAGUACGAUCGCAUUUAUUGUGGCGCUGGAGUGCAAAAGGACCAUGAAAAUUACAUGAAAGUACUGCUCAAAAUUGGAGGCAUUCUGGUGAUGCCUAUAGAGGAUCAGCUGACCCAGAUAACCAGGACUGGCCAGAGCACGUGGGAAAGCAAAAACAUCUUGGCGGUGUCCUUUGCCCCCUUGGUCCAGCAGAGCAGAGCUGAUGGAGAGAAGCCCGACACUGUCCAUCUGCCCCCAGUGACUGUCCGCAGCCUUCAGGAUCUCUCUCGGAUCUACAUACGCCGCACUCUCCGAAACCUGGCCAACGAGGACAGCCAGGGCAAGGGGACGACGCAGAGAGUCCCCCAGAAGCGCAAACGCAGGCGCUGUCGCAGGCGACGCAUCAACACUUACGUUUUUGUAGGCAACCAGCUGAUCCCGCGGAUGGUGGAGAGCGAAGAGGAGGAGCACACCGAGGAAGAACACAAAGAGGUGGAGGAAGAGGAGGACAGAGACAUUGGCGACAUUGAAAUCCUCAAGCAAGUGAACAUGUUGAGAGACCAAAUAAUGGCUUUACCGCUGCCUGAGUCACUGAAGGCAUAUUUGCUGUAUUACAGAGAGAAAUGACUUAUUCACUUGAUAUCCAUUCUUAAUGGGUGCAGCGAAAUGCUGAAAUGCUUUUCUUCAUCUUUUUUCAGUACAAAUGUAGCAUUAUUUCCACUUAAUCUUGAUGGCAAAACUGUAACGGAAAGAGACGUCAUAGAUAAUAUUGGAUAAUAAUGUUAUGAUUGUCCUGAGUGUUAAUUUUUUGUUGACAUGUUUUUUUUUUCUUUUGGUUUAUAAAUGGAAAAAAAUAUAAAGUAAAUGAAAAUAGUUUCAAAAAUCAGUUUUGAGAUUCAGAUUUUAUCGCAAUGUCAGAAUUUCUGCAGAAAUGUGCAGAUUAAAAAUUGUAUUAAAAAAAAGAGUUCUUACUAUAUUUGUUAAAAUACGAUCAUGCUAAGAUGAAGACUUUUAUUGCACCUUUUUUAGAAGCUUUAACUUACUUUCAGUGUCUGAUGAUUUAAUGAUACUGAGAGGAGACACUGAAAGGCAAAUAAAGCCACUUUCUCCCUUUUUUUUUUUUUUUUUUUUUUUUUAAAAAGAGAGUUAAAGAGUAAGAUGUUCUUGCAUAAGCUCGAAUGGGGCACAUAUGUCAUUACUCUUCUUGGUAUUUCAUUUCAGGGUAAUGUGUUUUAUAACUUCCUAUUACAAGACUUCACUGAAAGACCAGACUGGUUCAUAAUUUUUUCUACAGGGCACCUUUUAAUGAAACUUUUUCUACAGGGUGCUGACAUUCUUGUUUCCUCACUACUACCUGAUCUGAUGGGCUGUCGCGGGCCUCCUUCUCUCUUUUUAUUUUGCCCUGUUGUGGAUUCAUAUAAUAUAAUAUAAUGAUGUAAUUCUUAGUAUUUGAAUAAACCACAUCAGAGGUUUAAAAUAAGGGUGACAUGGAUACGAUGGUGAUUUAAAUAUUCACCUAAUUUCGAGGGGAACUGGUGAAGGCAUGAUGUUCGUCCAUAAUGAAUACAUGCAUGAAUAUAUUGUAUAUGGGUGUUCCUGACUUUGCUUCUCGUGAUUGGUCACUGGAGGUGAUGUCCCAAGUGAUCAAACUUUGAAAUGUUUCUUUACAAAUGACAAAAAAAAAGGUUUCAAGAUGGUGAACCAGAUUGAUGGCCUUGACACAAAUCUCGAAUUCUGUAUAGUACUUUUCUUUUCUUUUUUUUUCUUUUUUUUUUUUUUUUAACAAAAUCAACGACAAUGCAAAAUCUGACGCCUUUUUGUAUCAUGGACAACAAAGCACCUUAAUCUGCAGUCCUCAAGACAGAGAAAAAAGGAAAAAAAAUUAAAAGAUGACUUUUUUGGGCUUCAUUUGUAUUGUGGACUGGACUUAAUGUAAUGUAAAUCCUCUUUAAGUACAAUUUGCUUGCAGAACCUUCCUGAUAGUGAUGACUUUUAAGUGCCAACAUCCCUCGCCCCAUCACAUUAGGACUUCUGUGAGUUUUCCAGCACAGUAAAUUUCCCCCAUAAAGGAUGAUAUAUUUCUACAAAAACAUUCCACAGUGGGGGGAAAAAAAAAAAAAAAAAAAAAAAAAACGAAGAAAAAAAAAAAAAAAGGGAAAAAAAUAAAAACAAAACGGCACAUCACUGAUCCGACAGGUCACCGUUUUUCUUCACGCUUUACCAUCACAGCGUUUGGAAAGUUCCUUCAUCUUACUUUGAAUGCAUAAAUUUAGUAUUCCAAAAGCUGAGUUGAAUGUUGUUGAUAUUAAUUCUAUUCAAUAUUAAAGUGAUAUAUCUAUAUAUGUAUUGUUAUCAUAUGAUUCUGCAAACAGUUGAAUUAAGUUGCAGUUGAUUUGUUGUAGCGCCCUCUUGCUGUACUGUAUCUUGACACUGGGAACUCUGUAGAUCAAAUCUCCACUGCUGUCUGUUAAAUAGAUAAGAUAUAUUAGUGCUGUAGGUCUUCAUUUUGUUCUGGUGUAAUGACGAAUAUUUUGUUUGAAAACGGGGCUGGUUAUUCUAUUUAGUAGUUUUUGUGUGUGAAGAGGUAACAUUUAUUUUCUGUAAGGCUUUUUUUUUUUUAAUAGAUUCAUUCAUUGCAGAGCUUUGCAAGUAAGCAAUAAUGGAAUAAUUUCUCAGCUUAUAAUUACCAAUAACAACAUAGUCCCAUUUUAUUUGCCUGGUAUCCAUUAAAAUUCACAUGACCAAUUACAGCCAUGCAACAGUUUAUAUACCAUUAUCUAAAAUGUAAUUGCUAAUUAGAGAGCACAUUAAGUAUUGAAAGCAGGGGACCUACAACCUCGACUCUCAGGUCGCGCCUUGCACCAAAGUUAAUGGGACUGCUGUGAUUACAUUUAAUGUGGAUGAGAUUCGACUACAAAAAUGGCAGCCGGUAAAUACCAAGUCAUAACCAAUUAUGUGCUCUUAUAUUAAGAUAAUUUGUUCAGAGCCAAAAGAGUUCUAUUCCUGUUUUUUUGUUAGUUUGUUGUUUUUUUUUUCAGGCAUAGGUUGAUUACUCAUAGUGUGUGCAGUUCAUUUUGAAAAUGUGGUGUUUCUCCGUAACGUUUGGCACAAAAAUAAAGGUCACGAUCACA